AUGGCUUACAUAGGCUUACUUGAAGUCUUUAUAGCUUUCCUUGUCUUUAUUUUCUUCCAUUUCUUGAUCUACAAGAAACCCCAUCAAAUCUUACCCAGAAAUUGGCCCGUUCUCCGGAUGCUUCCUGGUGUGCUCAUCAUGUUUCACAGGAUUAAUGACUACAUCGCCGAGGUUCUCGAGGUCUCCAACUUGACUUUUGCGUUAAAAGGCCCAUGGUUCUUUGGAAUGAAUAUGUUGGUCACUGCAGAUCCUGCAAACAUUCAACACGUUUUCAAUACCAACUUCUCCAAUUAUGACAAAGGAUCGGAGUUCAAAGAGAUCUUUGAUUUUCUUGGAGAAGGCAUCUUCAGUGCUGACUCUAAACUCUGGGAGGAACUGUGGAAAUCCGCACUGGUUAUGGUUAGCCAACAAGGAUUUCAAAGGUUUUCAUUGAAGACAUUUACGAGUAAAAUUAAGAACAGGCUUGUGCUAGUUCUUGAUCAUUAUGCAGAGUCGAAUACGGCUUUUGAUUUACAAGGCGUGUUCCAGAGGUUAGCAUUCGAUGUAACCCUUACACUGGUAACGGGUCAAGACUCUAAUUCUCUUUCCAUCGAGAUGCCGGAGAGUGAAUAUGCGAAAGCUAUGGAUGAUGCUGAGGAAGUGAUAGUGUACAGACAUGUUAAGCCUAUGAUCUUGUGGAAGCUAGAGGUAAUACAAAGUCGUCAACACUCCAAUAUUGGAGAAGAAGCUCAUGAUGAGGAUAUAUUAAGCUUCUACAUGAAACUAGAUACUUCCAAGUAUGAGCUUAUUAACCCAAAAGACGAUAACUUCCUCAAAGACACCAUCAAGACUUUCAUGAUUGCCGGAAGAGAUGCCCUUGCCACAACUCUCACUUGGUUCUUCUGGCUUCUCUCAAAGAACCCUGAAGCUGUGACCAAGAUCCGUGAUGAGAUCAACACAAAUUUACCAAGAUCCGGCCAGAGUCUAGAUCCAUACAUGUUAAACAAGAUGGUGUAUUUACAUGGUGCAUUGUGUGAAUCAUUAAGGCUCUACGCUCCAGUCCCGUUUGAGCGAAAGUCUCCAAUAAAGCAAGAUAUGCUUCCAAGUGGACACAAAGUCGACGCAAAUUGGAAGAUUUUAUUCGCUGUCUACGCGUUAGGGAGAAUGAGAGCCGUGUGGGGAGAGGAUGCAUCUGAAUUCAAACCAGAGAGAUGGAUCUCUGAGAGUGGAGGCUUAAAACAUGUACCUUCUUUCAAGUUCUUCGUGUUUAACUCUGGUCCGAGAAAUUGCUUGGGGAAGAAUUUGUCUUUCUUGCAGAUGAAGACAAUUGCUAUUGAGAUCAUACAGAACUAUGACAUUAAGGUCGCUGAAGGGCACAAGAUCGAGCAAGCUCCUUCAAUGGUACUUCACAUGAAACAUGGCCUCAAAGUCAUAGUUUCUAAGAGAUGUUUGGUUUCAUAA